ACAGAUAGGACUCACUGACGUCGAACCGGCAUUAGGAUUUUUUGAUCGAGUCAGCAGAUUGUGUUCGAAGCAAGAAGGUAUAUGGACGACGCUAGGUUGGGUGCAGCGUUGGAGAGAUUUGAGGGAGAAGGUGGACCUUGCAGAGAGGAAUGGGAGAUAGCUUUCCCAGCCUAUGGACCUCGUCUCUCGGAGCAAAUGCCAGUCGUAAUGGAUACGGUGGUGUUCUCGUGUUGCCAAUCCUUUCUGACGAACACUCGGCCUUCAAGAUGUAGAAAGCCUAACUUGACGCCGUCUUUUGUACCCCCUGACAGCCAUCGCGACCGAGGAAAUAUCCGUCAGGGAGAAGUACUGGGAAUGUCGGGUUGUUCCCGGGAGGGAAUCAUAUGGGUAUGUACGAAUAUAAUCCCCCUACUUUUCCGAUUUCUCGUCACCCCCGCCAUCGUUGAGAACGUUCAUUUUUUGUCAUCAUCAAGAUUAUCUGCGCUGGCGAUCAGGGUCAAGGCCUAUCAUUCGUAUACGCUCAAUGUCUUUAUCGCCGACAAUCUAGUUCAUCAGGAAAAAGGCUAUUGCUAUACAGUAUCAACAGCGGUCCAUAAAGUGAUUCUGAACGUCGAUUGUUUGACUCUAAGACAGUCGCCUACCAUUUUGAUAUCUACUCUACAAUGCUUUCAUGCACGCCAUGAAGGGUCCACUCGAUGAGACGUACGCAACCGUCCGAUCAAAACGGUACGAACCUUCAUGGCCAUGGCACACAUUGAGGCCGCGGAAUUCGGGGCCAUUUCUGAUCGAGACCUUGUGCCGAUACCAACAACACCGUAUCUCAUCGACCUCUCGAACUCGCAGUAGAAUACCCGAAAUGGAUGAGAACGUUCCGAA